UCCCAACACGCGCUUCCAGUUUCAAUCAACACCCUUGUACUCCCCCAAACCUCGUUCGCGUUGAUCGGCUCCACUAACACGUAUUUUCGUUCGUCCCCACAGACUUAAUCCGGAACUGGUGACGGAAUGUGAAAGGGUAAUCAGCAAGACUCUUCCGUCUUGUGUCGCCUUCCACAAGCCUUCCUUCUUACAGAAGCUUAAGAAUGGAACUCUUGAGGCCAGUAUUGUUAACGGCCUUCUGACGUGUGCUGCAAGAAGCUCACCUGCUUUGAUUCGUCGUUAUGGGGGACAGGGAGGCGCUUCGGCUGCCUCCGAGCAUUUUGCCGUCAAAGCUAUCAAUAUAAUCAUGCAGAACCUCGACAACCCGAGCUUGGCUGAUAUUCAGGCUCUUUGUCUCCUGAUCAUCCACGAAUGGGGCAACCGCAAUGCGGUCCGAGCCUAUAUUUAUUUGGGUCAAGCAUCCCGCAUGGCCCAGAUGUAUCGGAUAAUUGCCGUUCAUCAGACCCGAAACGACCCAGAUCAGUUCAUCAAAGAUGAAUCGUUCCGCCGUGCCCUGUGGCUCAUCUAUGUACUUGACUGCUUCCUCACCAGCAGCCCGGGUCGACAGCCGGCCGUCUCCCACCAUGAUAUUAAGGAUGUACCACUCCCAUGCCUCGACAUGAGCUACAAUUUCGGCACGCCUGUAUUUGUUCGCACCCUUGCAGGUGGACCACCACCUUUACUUCCAGACUCGUCUACUUCCACGACAGAGGUCGGCGAGUUUGGCCAUAUAGUUAUGGCAACUCAGGCAUGGCGCAACGUGAUCGAAAUGCUCACGACCGUUACAAGCGCUACCUUCUCUGAAGAAGAGUGUGCUUCUCUCGAAGCAGGUAUUGAUGCAGUCCGCAACGCUUUGCCGCUGCAUUUCAUGGACAAGCCGGGGCAAAUCAACCUUCAUAUAACUAUGGGCAGUGGAUACACAUAUGCCAUGUUGCACUGCCUCCUUCAUUGUGCUACUAUUAUGGUCAACCGCCGUAGGCUUCUACACCUUGUUACUACUGACGGUUUUAACCAUGAGACAUGGCGUAUAGUCCCCCAUGUUCACCUACAAACUGUCGAUCGGGUUUUUGCCGCGGCGCAUAGCGUGGUCUCGCUUCUCCUAGCCCUAGAGGCCAAUGCCGAUAAGGAUGGAGCGCUUAAUUUUCCUCUUGUCAUGUUGUUCUCCUGUUUCACAGCCUGCUCCACUGUGGCUUGGUUCAGUCUAAAAGGGCUAACACCCGGUGACGUGAACGAAACAGCUGAAUCGAUUGUCCGUGACGGCAUGCGAUUCCUCCAGGACGGUGCUAAUAUAUGGAUUUUGGCCGUCCCCUGGUUUCGCCACCUCUCGGUUAUGAACAAGGUAUUGCGUAAUGGAGACCGGGUGCCCCAGAGAUUACAGGCCGACGCUGUUGUGCCUGUCGUACCGUCAAUGAAGGAGGAAACGGCAAGCCAAACCGACAAUACCGAUACCAUGGACUAUGAGCGGCCACAAUCGGCAAACACUCAAGAGCAACUCGAUAGCCGAGGCAGCGAACCACCACGAAAGUCUGGGUUCACCACCAUCAAUGGAGGAUCGGCUGGCGCUUCGACACCCGCAACUACCAGCCCGCCCCCUGGACCGACCAAAGCAGACUCCCCAGCCCCAUCCUCGAAUGGACAGGCAGCUGAAUCUGUGCCUGCGUCGGGUAGCGAUAUGACGGCAGCUGAACUUUGCAUUGCUUUCGAGCGUCAGCUGCUGGAACUUGAUGACCUUGCCGCAUUCAUGGGUGGCGGGGUAUGAGAUAUGGAGCGGUGUAGCUUCAUUUUGUCUAUCAUGUACUACUUGCCCUGUACUUCUCGUCCUGGUGCCGGCCAUGAACGUUGAUCUUUUCACUGAGUUGUAUGUUAAUAGGAGAACCAUGAAUAGGCGUUAGCAGGAGUUUUUCGGGUUGCUCUCGGCAGAGCCAAGCUCGUUUCGAGGCUUUGGUGGAGUUUUCAUCUUUCUCGCUACCGCUCUCGGUUCAACAACUACAAAUAGAAUGUUGCAUGUUGAAGCCUACAAAAGUCGGAUAGGUUUUCGAUAAAUCAAAACCGCCUGUCUUAUGGUGGGAUCGAAGGGACAGCUUGGAGGAGUGAUAUGACCCAUCGGUGAUUUAUGGCUCGUUUCUGUUUCAUUUUUGUCUUUGGGAUUAGGGCAUUCUCUUAAGAGGAAUGGCCCCAUCAUUGUUAUAUGGAGAGCUCAUAGGACAGUGCUUGGGGAGUGAAAAAAAGGAGGUAUUGAUGCCUGAAUUUUCCAUAGGAACUUUCGAAAGUACAGCUGUAGGCAAUAAUGUCUGGCUGUUAUAGUUGAAAACUAGGAGGAAUAGGAGUUGUAACUUUGAAGCAACUUUGUAGCACUACUAUAUUACGUACUAUACUUUUCC